AAAGUUUCUGUUUCCCAGCUAUUGACCUUGUAUCUCUUUCCUGUUCUGCAUAAACGCUGACACACACCACAUUCCUGCUUAUACAAUGAAUCUGUAGGAACAUAAAGCACAGUCCACUACCUAAAGACGAUGGUGAGAAGAAUCAAAGACAUAUCUGAGCUGCAGGAGUCUGGAUUCGGUCAGCCAUGGCCCCGGCAUGGACUCAAACUCUUAUAUUGGUUUGCGGAUGAAUGCAUUUCUGAUGCAUGGAAUGACGACAUGAUCCUGCUGUGUGACCCCACAGGAGGAGAUUUUGGAUUUCACUUUUUUUCAAACAGAUGCAACCGACCCAGUGUGAAACUUCUUCCGGAUGUAAAGUUUCACUACUACGUGGUUGGCAAUCUGAAUUCACCAGGAGCCUAUAUGUUGCCAGAUUAUGUUAGGGAAGACAACACUCGCCGCAUUGAGGACAACAGCAAUGCAGAUCGCAUCAUUGUGUGCUAUCCCGGAGAGAAUAAGUUUGGGAAGGUUUAUGUGACCACACACAAAGAUAAGUCAAAUUAUGAUCCAAGCGCCACAUUUCACAUCACCAGGACCCUCAUCUGGCUGAUCAAAGCAUAUGAGAGUAUUAAUGACUUUCUGAGGGACACGAGGUAUCGUACACCAAACCAAAUUGUGCCGACCAGUAAUCCAGUGAGCCCUGUGUGGUACUACAACCCAGAACUUUGUCUGUGGGUCCCUAAAUUGAAUCAGCGGGCUUCACCUUUGCCUUUGGAGAAUUAUGAUUCUGAGAUUAGUAUUGACGUGGAACCAACAUCUACUUUUUAUAACAGUGAUGUCUCGGUGAAUAUUGAAAAUGACACAGAAACACAAAAACACUCUGAGACGUUACCCAGAAAGAAGAGAUGCUGUGAACGUUUCUGCACCAUACUAUAAUGCCUUCAUACUUUUAGCAAAAUGACAAAAAUUCAUGGAUAUUAUUUUUACUAAUAAAACUAUUAAUCUGCUGCCAUAUUAACUUUUAUGAUUUUUAAGCAGUUGAGGCUUUGAUGAAUAUUCAACCUUUAAUAUAAUUUUUGAAUAACAUUUAUAUUGCGAGAUCUAAAUGAUUUUUAAUUGAAUUAUGCCUAUAGUGUGAUAAUUUUACAAAACAAAAUGACUCUCUACAUGUAUGGAUUUUUUCAGUAGUUUAAUUUAGUGAGCACUUACGCUGUUUAUCAAACCCAUUUAUCAUAAAAUUACAACAACCGAAUACUACUUGUUCUUUGACCAGUAGGCCUAUAAAAAAUUCUCUAUCAUACAUUUUCCUUAAUGGACACAAAAAAUAUAUUGUUAAUAUA